UUAGGACAUUAGUUCAGUUUUGGGGCCAAUCUCACAUAGAUCAGUUCGGGAAACCAGCUAAAAUUCAAAAUUUGUCCGUGUGAAUAGCUUCGUGUUUUAUUUUCUCUACCUUUCUGGCCGUUUGCCGUUCACCGUUGCCCGUUUUUUAACCACCAUGAAUACUCUCAAGUCCGACGACAAGCCCUUCAAUCCCUUCUACAUUGGCCCGCAUCCCAGUAGGGCAUGUGCCAUCCCCGAGAUUCCCGGCCAGCAGUGCUCGCCCAACUGCCAGCCGCCGGAGGGACAGGCUGCGCCGGCUCCUCGUCCGGAUGCACAGGAUGCCCAGAGUGUGCCCAGCGGAGCUGCGGGCGGCAUGCUCAUCGUGGGCGUGGCCAAUAUAUAUAGCACUGUGGAGGUCCUGGCUGCCGCCGCUCGAAUGGGAGAGGCGGGCGGAGCGGGAACGAGAGCGGCAGGAGCGGAUCAGGCCAAGACGGGGCCCAACAACACCAUAUGCAAGCCGUAUCCCUGCAUGGAGGGCGCUCGAUCCGAAAGUCCCGGCUGUGAAUGAACCAAAGAAAACUCACCCAGGAUCAACAAGACAAUCAUCUACCAACUGGCCAUCUAAAUCAGCUCUAACUACCUAAAUUAGCCCCAAAUACUUGAAUAAAA